AUGGCGAGGAGACCGGACGAGGAGUACGAUUACCUCUUCAAGGUGGUAUUAAUCGGCGACUCAGGAGUUGGAAAAUCGAACCUCCUCUCCCGAUUUACUCGCAAUGAGUUCUGCUUGGAAUCCAAGUCCACCAUUGGCGUCGAGUUUGCUACUCGCACUCUUCAAGUUGAAGGAAGGACCGUGAAAGCUCAGAUAUGGGACACGGCUGGACAGGAGCGAUACAGAGCAAUCACCAGUGCCUACUACAGGGGUGCCCUUGGAGCUCUUCUUGUAUAUGAUGUUACAAAGCCAACAACAUUUGAAAAUGUGAGCAGGUGGCUGAAGGAGCUGAGGGAUCAUGCAGAUUCCAAUAUUGUCAUCAUGCUAAUUGGGAACAAGACUGAUCUGAAACAUCUUAGGGCAGUUGCCACCGAGGAUGCUCAAACCUACGCUGAGAAAGAAGGACUUGCAUUUAUAGAGACAUCUGCUCUUGAAGCAACAAAUGUUGAGAAGGCUUUCCAGACGAUUCUUUCAGAGAUAUAUAGGAUAAUUAGUAAGAAGUCACUUUCUUCAGAAGAGCCUGCACCUGCUAGUAUCAAAGACGGGAAGACAAUCGUAGUUGGAGGACCUGAACCCAACACAAAAAAGGCCUGCUGCACUUCAUCAUGA